AUGGGCACGCUGAGAGAGCUGCCCCAUCCGCCACAGAACCUGUUUGCCGCUCUGAAUUCCUCCUUCAGCCGCAGCGUCAUCCUCUCCUGGGUGAGACCCUUUGAUGGAAACAGCCCGGUUCUACAUUACAUCGUCGAAGUCUCCGAGAACAAUUCUCCCUGGAAAGUUCAUCUCUCCAAUAUAGAUCCCUCAUUGACCAGCAUCACUGUGAGCGGGCUGACCCCAGCCCGGACCUACCAGUUCAGAGUCUGCGCCGUUAACCAAGUGGGCAAAGGGCAGUACAGCCUGGAGACCAGUAGAUUGAUGCUGCCCGAAGAACCUCCAAGUGCUGCGCCUAAGAACAUUGUGGCUAGCGGACGGACCAAUCAGUCCAUCAUGGUCCAGUGGCAGCCCCCUCCAGAAAGUGAACAUAACGGUGUUCUCCAUGGCUACAUCAUAAGGAGCAACAACCAGAAGCCCCAUGGUCAAAAUCCACGUAUCUUGAGAUAAGUCCUAAUAUCUUUG